AUGACGUCUACAACUGCAAAAAAAACUUCUGCUCCUAAGAAACCCGGAUCCCGUCCUCCUUAUGCUUCUAAUUUCAGGAAAUUGCUUUUAGUUCGGAUGAAGAAGCUUGUUGCUUAUGGUAAACUCACUAAACUCAAGGGCUCUUUCAAGCUGGCCUCAACCGCUACUGAACCCGCCGCUCCGGUGAAGCCAAAGAAGGGUGUUGCCGCUGGUGUUCUUGUUUGA